CCAUUGAAUGUUGGUUGGCUCCUUACUUUCGCCAUCUGACCACCAAAGUUGUUGAAUGUCCGAAUCUUGGUGCAAAGCCCUUUUAUUUAGGUCGCGCUGGAAUAAGUGGCGAUGCAACAUUAGCCAAUGUCGGUAGUUACGACUACUUAAUACCAUGUGCAGACCAUGGAAAGAUGUACAAUUUUGUGGAUGUUGCGAGAUAUAGUGGAAUAUCCUUUGGCAUGGUUCUAGGUGGUGGUAUUGGUCCUUUCCAGGCUUAUCAAAAGCCAUGUGAGUGUGAGGUACCAAUUUCGGAGCGUGCGUCAAAUAAUUUUUUCUCCGCCACGGGUCAGUUUUUCAUCACUGAAGCCACUCCUGGUAAAGUAAUCGAACUGAAGGCAGCUGGACGUGUUAAUUGUCACAAUAUUUUUGACCUAAUCCAAAAGGCCCUGUACAACAAAUAUUCCAAGUCUUCAAGCCCUGUCGCUCUUGGUGGAGUUUUCUUUCUUCAGAACAGCGCGGUCGAAGUAAACCUCCUGAAUGACCUACCUAAAGAACCAUACCACACGUUUCCCUGCUUCAAGGAAUUCCAGACCACAUUUAAAAUUGAAGGUCCGAUUAUUGGAACCGGGACAAUAGUUUCUCAUGAUCCAAACAACCAAGAUCUUGUUACGCAAUCCUUCUACUGCUGGGAUACGGAAAAACAGCUAACGGGGCAUUUUGAAAAUGACAUUUGCCCGGACAUGGCGAACUACACAGUGUACCUCUACCCCGCCAGAAACAUCCUCCGACUGGAUAAGCCCUACUAUAGAAAGUAG